AUGGGAGACAACAAGUCUCCGCUGAGCCUGAGCCCGAUGGGCGGGCGCGACCGGGACCGGGACCGGGAGCUCCUCAUCCCGGUCUCCGGCGGCGGCUCGGCGCCCGGCGACGGGGUCGAGGACGGCGACAGGGCCUCCUCCGCCUCCGCCGCGCUGUCCUCCUCCGGCCGCGAGGCUUUCCAUAAGGUCGUCCGCAGUUGGGCUUCAAAGAAGUUCAUGACUGGAUGUGUAAUUCUCUUCCCCAUAGCAAUAACGUUCUACAUCACCUGGUGGUUCAUUCAUUUUGUUGAUGGAUUCUUCUCUCCAAUCUAUGCUCAACUGGGAAUCAACAUAUUCGGUCUUGGCUUCAUCACAUCUGUUACUUUCAUAUUUUUUAUUGGAGUCUUUAUGUCAUCUUGGGUGGGGGCAUCUGUCCUUAGCCUUGGCGAGUGGAUUAUUAAGCACAUGCCUCUUGUUCGUCAUAUCUACAAUGCAUCGAAGCAAAUUAGUGCUGCAAUAUCACCAGAUCAGAACAAACAGGCAUUCAAGGAAGUGGUCAUCAUAAGGCAUCCUCGUGUUGGAGAAUAUGCGUUUGGUUUCAUCACAUCGUCAGUAUCCCUCCAGAGUUAUUCUGGUCAAGAAGAUCUUUACUGCGUCUAUGUCCCUACGAACCAUCUUUACAUUGGUGAUAUCUUCAUGGUGAAUUCAAAGGAUGUCAUAAGACCAAAUCUUUCUGUGCGUGAAGGCAUCGGUAAAUUCUUACUCUCUGCCAUUUCAGCACAGUUUGAUAUUCUGCUUCAAGAAACAUGGAUGGCUACUCCAGCAAAAAAAGACUUGAUAUAUUUGCACGCAUGGUUUGCAGAAAUUGUUGUAUCUGGUGGUAUGUCAAUGCCCCAAAUUCUGUCAACCCUCGACCCGCAGAUGAUCCUUGGGGACAGAACCGGACCAAGCAGAAGCUGA